AUGGAAUGUGACUUUCUCACUAUUACCCCACGUAUGAGAAAGAACAGUGUGUGUCAUUUCAGAGUUUCGGGACAAUAUCAACGAGCAUCAAAGCAUAAGAUCGAUGCGAUGUAUCGUGGCAGAUGUCAACUUCCAGAGACUGGUAUUGGCCCACGCCUCCCACCCCCGGGCCAGGUUACAGAGGUGGAAGGAGCGGCGAGGAGAUAUUCGCGACUGCUGAAAUCAAGGAUCGGCCUGGUCGUCGACCCUGACCAAACCAAAGAGUCAGAAGACGAUGGCGCUACUGGCACACCACGUCAGAGACUGCAAGCACGCAUGCGAGCACCAGAAGAGACAGUCACUAUGACUUGUCAUAAUGAAACAACACCCAUAUGGAGAAGGAGCUGGAAAGCGCAACCCUUCAAAGCAAGUUCCUCCACUGGCGGUUGGUCAUCGACAUGUCUCUUGGUGCGAAACAGACCCUCGCCUUUCGCAAGACAAAGAAACAACCCCUGGUAUAUUGAUUGA